AUGCUCGGUGAUGUUCAAAGUUUGGAAGAAACUAAAAAGCUAACUGAUAAAGAUUUCACUUUCGAGAAGCAACAGGAACGUCUUUUAAUGAAUAAACUUGCAACAAACGGCAAAUUACCAGUGAAACCACAGAGUGCUUUUCUGCAGAAGAAAUUACAGCAGCAAAGAAAAUUUUUUGAUUCUGGUGACUAUGCAAUGAAUAAACAAAAAACGAAUAAUACAUCAGCGAACUUGUCAUCUCCCAAUUUACAGAACAUUGUGCAUAGAACUGCUUCAGGUUCUUCAUUUACGCAGGAAGAAGUGGAUAUACCACUUAAAAUUGAUAUUUCACCGACAAUAAGGGAUGAAUCAUUACUAAUUCCUCGCCCAGACACGGUUCCACAGCGUAAAUCGUCGAUCAUUUAUCCAUCUGUACAUAGUAAAUUAAGCCCACAACCAUAUGUUCAUCACUCAACGCACGAUAGCGAUCCUCUUCCAGGACCCUAA